AAGUGCUUAGGGUGACCAGGGUGAGUCUAUAUCGAGCUGGUUCAGUGUCCGUUGUCAUCUUGAAUUCCAUAGAACGUAUUCUCGUCCAGGAACUCUGCGCAAAAUGUCUGAUAUUGACUUCGAAGAACUUAACGAUAAGAAGGACGAGUUCUUCAUCAUUGACGUCAGAAGCCCUGGGGAGCUGGAGUACCAGGGGCACAUACCAGGGGCUCACAACAUACCACUGUCAGAGCUGGACGAAGCUAUGGCCCUGGAAGAUGAAGAGUUUACAGAGAAGUAUGGGUUUGAAAAGCCCAAAAAGGAUGCCACAGUUAUCACGUUGUCCCAAAAGGUGUCAGAGCUGGACGAAGCUAUGGCCCUGGAAGAUGAAGAGUUUACAGAGAAGUAUGGGUUUGAAAAGCCCAAAGAGGAUGCCACAGUUAUCACGUUGUGCCAGAAGGGUGGGAGAGCUAGGAAGGCUCGAGAGCUGAUGGUUGCUGCAGGGUUCAUAACCAGGGUCUAUGGCGGUUCAUUCGAUGACUGGAAGGCAAACGGAGGAGAAGUGGAGUUUGGCAAGCCUUGACUCAGCUAGGAAGUCAACAUGAUGGUCGAGUAACGCAUGGAAACCUGUCACACACUUUAAAGAUUUUGAUCGUUUUGAAAUGUUUCCUCUUUAUUCAUUUUUAAGCCAUUUCUCUUACUCUUAUUCUUUAUUUUUUCCUCUUGUACCUACUGUACGACAUUCCCGCUCCCUCUUAUAAUUUUGAACUUAUUUUCUUCUGAAAGGAGCCAAACGUUGAGUGUCAUGUCGAAAUGCAACUUGUUUAAGAAAAGAAAUUCACUUUUUGUUUAUGAACCAAGUCUGUCCGUUUUCCUCUGUGCCUGAGACAACUUAGAAUUAGUUUUCCAGAAGUAGAUCUUGUAAAUGACACUGUUUCUGCGUUUUCCUUGUAUCUCCAGUACUACAUACUUGUAAAGAAUAAAAAAGAAGAAACCCUCAUUUGCUGGAUUAGGAAGUUAUUAUUCGUCAAUGUUUAUGCUUUGUGAUUGCACCAACAAAUACUAUCCAUUCCUGUCAUGAGUAGUCAUUCAUACACAAUACAAUGACUGCGAUUUGCUUACUUAGAACUGAAUUGGUAUUAGCAGCCUCUGUACUUAUACGAUAGGAGAUGACAUCAUUAAUCUCAAGUGAAGGCAAAGAAACAUUAAAAAUAAACUCACAAAUA